CACCUCUUUAAAACAGUUUUAACACAAACUGAACAUUAUUUGUAGAACUGUUGUAUUAGACUGCUUUAGUUUCAGCUAGUUGUACCUAACAAACUGCCAACUGGGUGUAUCUGUCUGCUACGGCAUCACUUUGGGAUUUUCUGUGAUGACUUUGAGCAAUAGCAUGUGCAGGGCUCGUAAAGUUUUGUUGUGAAUCUUCAUCUGAAAGUGCAUGGUAGGGAUGGCUCGUCCAGUGGAUGAUGUCAUACGUCUGUGCUGUCAAAUAUCAGCUCACCAUCAGAUCAAGGUCACAGUGAAGAAUUCCACCAAGGGAGCAAUGGUUGCAGGAGGAACUGCCUUUGUAGGCGGGCUGCUCGGCGGACCUGCAGGGAUUGCCGUUGGUGGAACAGUAGGCGGUCUCUUGGGCAGCUGGCUGACCAGCGGUCAGUUCAAGCCUCUGCCUCAGGUCCUGAUGGAGCUGCCACCUAUCCAGCAAAAGACGCUCUAUGAUUACGUCGUGGCCAUUUUAGGCAAACUGGACUGGAAGGACGCAGCCCAGCUCAUUGCCCUUGUGAUGGGCAAUGCCACCCUCAAGCAGCAGGUCACUGCUGCAUUGUUGAACUACAUCACAAAGGAACUCAAAGCAGAGGUGUGUUAUCAAGACUGACUUAUGGUUGCAAAUGGACUUAUCAGGAUUUCAGAUUAGGUCUGCCAAACACAUUCAGAACCCUUAACAAUAUAUUUUUGUAAUAGGCUGUUUCUAAAUGAUGCACUUAGCCUUUGUUAUCUUCAGAGUGUCUAUCCCAACAACAAAGAAAUGAUUGUCCUUUGAGAAGGUUAUGAUGUUCAGUUUGUGUCGGAACUGUUUUAGAGAGGGGUUGAUUCAAUUCUGUGGUCAUUGUGGAGGCUGCGGCUUGUGUUGCUGUUAAAUUGUAUUUCAUUAUAUGGACUGGUGUUUCUAAUAUUUUGUUCUCUCCGUUUAUAUCAGUGAGGUCAGGCUAAAUAACAGAGACACCUCUCUCUAACUCCGUAGCAAAUAAACAUUUUCCCUUUAGGAGAUACAGGGUCAAAAAUUAGAUUGGAUCCUUGGUUCACGCCUGAUAGCUCAGAGAUGUGAAGGUUAAGGGCUGUCGCAUGGGCAAAAACUUAAGGCUCAAAGACCUCUACGGAUUGGCACAUUUUUUCAAUAAAUGCGUCAGGGCAAUCAGAAAUGCCCUGACACAUUCAUCAACAUGCUAUUCUGUUGAUACCCUGUCCGAUUGUA